UUUCCAUGAUGUUCCCACUACAUUGCAUGCUGCUUGGCAAAGCAGUCCAAUGUUAUUGGAAUCACUACCGACAUUCAAUUCUGAGAACAUAGCCCAUGAAAUGGAGUUAUCUAAUAACACGAUCAAUGGAAUCACUAUCAAGGAUAAUAAAACAAUAAGUUCCGGUAAUACCAGCGAUUCGACUGUCUUAACUGAUACUUUGCCUCGCCAGGACAUUGCUGAUGAAACCAAUAUUCAAAUUUCCUCAGAUAAAAAUCCUGUAGACUUGGAAGCUGAUUCGCCUAUUGAGGAUAGAUAUCUUCCUUCGUCUCAGCCUACGAAAGACCCAUUGGAGUCAUUAUCACUUGCCCAAAACAACCAGACGACAACCGGUACCUCUGAAGUUCCAAACAAUACCACAAACACAGCUGCCCAAAGUAGCUCCAAAAUAGACGACAAUCUAGAUAAAACCAGCAACUUUUCAAUAGGGGGCCUACCAACCGAACCAUCUCCACUUAGUGCAUCGACGAGUUUCCCUAGUGAACCGAUAGAAACUCAGGUCGAAACGACCAUAUUGCCAAUGAUGGAACCCUUAUCAAAUGAAGGACAAGGUUAUACGUCAGAAGUGAAAAAUGUCACACCAAACAAUGACAACGACAGGACCAUUGAUGAUACCCAACUUGAAAUGAUAUCUUCUGGACAAGCGCAGAAUAAACCGAUAUUUUCAGAAAUAUUUGAAUCUCUCUCUCUUAAUAACAGAGGAGCUGAUCAAGAUAAGGAAAAGGCAGAUGAAGCAAAACAUUCACUCGCAAAAAAUAAUUCGUUUAAUGACCAGCUAAUGACAGAGGUUACCGAAGAAGAACCAUACUACGAUAUGACUAUACAUACCCAACAUGUGAAGGUUACAUCAACGAGUGCUGGAGAAGGAAGCAAUAAUAUAGACCUGGAAACCGCAGCGACCGUGCAAACUGUCUCAGAAUAUACCAAUGAAGCGACCACAGUGGAUUAUACCACUGAAACCGUAGUCCAAGGGCACGAAACCACGUUUAGCAGUUUCAACAUGGAGGAGGAAAUUAAGACAGAUAUUCCCCCAAUAGUACCUGCAACUACAUUGGAUUCAAUGGCUGUGGACAGCGAGACAUACAAUCAAGAAAUUGCUCUAUUUAACGAGUCUGCAGAUAAUCUUACUUUAAAUCCUGCUGGAAACUUUACACACUUCAGGGAGGAGGAGCUAGGAAAUUUAACUGGCGUAACGAUUAGUCCUUUAGCUACAGAAACUACUGAGGAACAACCCAUUGCGUUAACAAGAACUGGUCAGGAAAUGGAUGAUGGAAUGACAGUGAUUCCUGCAGAGGAAUCCACACUCUCUCCUAACUGGCCAGACCUAGAGCAAAUAAACACUCAUCCGGUAGUCUCGGAGACAACUUUUGACCUGCCGAGUUCAGGAGGUCCAGUUGCAUCGGAAAUCCCUGAAGAUAUAUUGGCGAGUCAAACAGAUCUACCGCAUGAACCGUUCUUUCGUCAUGAUCAUCUGGAGAAUGGAACUCAUGCUGAGAUAUUAGGAGCAGGUAGUAAUGAUUCGGAUCUCAGAAAGCGAGAACUUAACAAAACGACUGGAAACCGACAAGCUAAAAGGUUAGCAUUAUUCGACGAAACUGGCUUAAUAGUGGCAAAUUCGACGGACGAAAAUUCUGUUGGGAAGCUCAUAGUAGAUAAUUUAGAAACUACCCCCUCGACAGAUACUAUCAAAGUUCCCAGUGAAGAGCUGGAGGGCCCAUUAAUUACAAAUACUCAAGAACCCCAGCAAAUCAGUUCUACAGGUUCUUCACUACAACCUCCCGCUGAAUUUGUUGCUUCGACAGUAACAUCUGAAAAGGAAGCAGCAAACCUCACGGAGUUGGAGCAAAAUUUGGGAGCAAAUUCAACAUCGAAUCUAGAUCAAUUGGUACCACAAAUUCCGUCGUCAAACUCAAGCUUUAUCGGAGUAGGUGGUUUAGAACUUGGGCAGACCUCAUCUUCGAGCUCGAAUAAAAGUGACAAUUGGAAUGAGAUAUCGACGGAGAAUCCACCGACAACCGUGACAGUACCUGAGCUAACAACAAUAAUUUCGGAAGAUCUGUCAGAUUCCUACACAACAGAACCAUAUGCGACCUUGUUCCCAACGGAAGUCCCUUCGGUAAUUUCCGUUGUGACUCAGUCAAAUCUAACAGAACCGGUGGCACCGACUGUCGAUGGACCUUUAAUAUCAGGACCGCUGAACGUAUCAGAUGAACAAGUUGCCCUGGCAUCAAGCGGCGAUGGCGUGUCAAAUAAAACAAAGGAACCUUUCAUUUGCACUGAACACGGAGUUUUCCCAGACAUCUAUGACUGCAAACAAUAUUUCUUAUGCGUAGCCCAACCCGGAGGAUAUGUUAAGAUUACUGGGGUCUGUCCAUCGAGGUAUGCUUUCAAUUUUGAUAUUCAACGAUGCGUGAGAGAUGUUUCGACUUGCUACGAAGACAAAUGUACUAGGGAAGGAAACUCUACGGAUCCUGCAGAUGACACCAGCUACUUUUGGUGCAACGAAAUUGCAAGUGGUAUUUUCCAUAAAUACCACCUGCAAUGCGAUCCACCUAUGAAGUUUAUUCAGGAGUUGAACAUGUGCGGGGAUCCUAAUAGUGUCACCUUGGGUGGUUUCGUAAUGCAAAAUGAAACUGGUCAAAUUAUAAAUGGGACUAAGUUCGAAGACUUCAAAAUGGAGACUACCCUAAGUCCUGCGGACUCAGACCAGUUCCCGACAACAAUUCUUAUAGAGCCGGAAUUCAGGGAGAUGCCUGCGACUACCAAUAAAUAUGAGACCGCCUUCAUUGAAUCUUUCCCGGUGGAUGAUCAAAAUGCAGUUUUAAGUGAUCCUGUGGGCAAGACUAUUCAAGCUGAUGAUAAUCCUGCGCCGCUUUCACGAACUGUAAGGAGUUUAUCAGAAGCAAAUUUAUUCCGUUGUCCGGACCAAGGCAUCUAUGCGCAUCCUUUGAACUGCAGCCAGUAUUACAUGUGCAGCAGGAAUGCAUUUAAUGAGAUCACAGAAAUCCUCAGAAAUUGUCCAGAAAGGUACGCCUAUCGUCCCGAUAUAAAAGGCUGUUCACGGGAUUUAUCAGGAUGUCUGAGUUUACACGUGCAUUGUAAAGGAGCAGGAAACUUUGCGCACCCAGAAGACGAAAGCAGUUAUUAUCGGUGCGUUCCCAAUGCAACUGGCGGGUUGCGAAUCUACAGUAUAAAAUGCGAAGGACUCAAGAAGUUCGAUUCAACUAGAGGAGCAUGCGUAACCAUUGAGAACCCCGCUUCAUCGUCAAGCCUUCCUUUGACGGUAAAUAAAAUUGAGCCUUCAACUAGUGAAUCGAGAAGAAUUUCAAAGCGUUCAACCGUUGUACCUCUGAGUGAGCAGCAGACAGAACCAAAGGAUAGGGUAUUAGGGUAUUGGGAACCUGUUGUUAGCGAACGCUACCGAAAAGAAGCCGAAGGACGACUUCGAGGAAUUCUAGAUGUUAUGCGUGACGAAGCGUCUAGAAAGCAUGAAGUCAAACUGGAUGAAAAACGAUAUUUCGAUAAAAUGGAAGAUGAUGGUGAAGUUGACACCGAUGAAGAGGUGAAUGAAAGUAGUAGGACUUUGGUAGUUGCAUUACGUCAAGAGGAAAGCCCCGAGGAAAGAGCGACUCCUUCAGAGUUCCGAUGUCGGGAAGAAGGUCGUUUCCCUGAUCCCACAGAUUGCAAAAUGUACUAUAUUUGUUCGGCAAGGAGAACAGGAGACCUAAAGUUGCAUCAUCUGGAGUGCAGAGGAAGUGACCGCUUCGAUGCAAGGAAGCGGAUAUGUGUGGAGGGGGAAGAUGCGAGUUGUGCAUAAUUAUUUAUCCAUAUGUUGAAAUAUGGUUAGAAUAAGUUUUGUAUUAUACAUGAUAUUGA